AUGAUUUCCAUAGGCCAACCCCCGGGUAGCUCGGGACAGUCUGAAAUGCGAUGGUGCCAAGGACUUUGCCAGACCUCGUCCGCAGCAUGGAUUGUCUCCUACGAAGCCGACGAUGAAGACGAAGACGAACGCCGCCUCCUCAACCCACCUCCCCAACUCCGACCAUCCCACCACAAUUCGAAUCCUAGCGACGUCGAGAGGCGGAUAUCCAGAGAUGGUUUUGUUAGCUGGGCCGACCCGAGGCUGGAGAGUGCGCCCCAUCGGAAAACCAAGGUACCGACCCUCUUUAAGCAUGGCCGCGCCGAAGGACGCAAGUGGGAUCACCUACGAACAGCCGAGCCCGUGAUCGUGUCGCGAUACGUGCCGAGAACCCAGCAGCGGACUGAAUGGUCCGACUUCUUUCGCUCGUCCCGUCGACCUCCCUCACCGAACGAAGUAUCGACAGUUGUCGACAUCGAAACACUCAACAAACUACAACCUAACUUUAACGAGAGAAUCGAUGUGCCGUCACACACCCACGACAGACAGGCGCGCUCGCGAAGGGAGCGGGCGAUGACCCUAUACCGACGUCUGUGGAAGAUGAUUAUUCGACACUCAUUAGUUCCCCUCGCAUCCCGCCUUGCCGUGAUGCUUACCUCGAUUAUUGCGCUGGCCAUUGCCGGAACCAUGCUUCGACUGUUGCGAAAUGACCCCGACAGGAGUACCGAGAGUGGCCAGGCCAUUGCUGCCGCGGUGGUGGACUCCGUCGCUAUUCCCUAUAUUGCGUUCAUGAUCAAGGAUGAAUAUACCGGGAAACCUCUCGGAUUACGGCCUGCCUCUGCCAAAAUUGGGCUUAUCCUUCUCGAUCUCUUCUUCAUCGUGUUCAAGUCCGCGAGUACGGCCUUGGCGUUCGAGGUUUUAAUUCAUCAUAACAUUAGAGAUGCUGAUGCAACCAUGAGACAGCUCUCCAAGGCUCUAACCGCCUUUAUGGUUUUGGGUCUCGUGGCAUGGAUAAGCACAUUUAUUAUCAACAUUUUCCGCGCGGUCGAACGCUUGGGCGGAGGUGAAAACGAAACCAGUCGUGUGUAA